AUCGUUGCAGUGAACUCGGCGACGAUCUUCCGACCGACGGAGAUGGCGCCGUUCCACGUUCAUCCGAGCAUGAGCAGCCUGGUCGGGCUACUCCGCCUCUUCCCCUCCAUGUCGCUCUCCACCGUGAAGGCGUUCCUGUCGCCCCCGAUCCUGGGGGUGGUGCUGCAGACGUACGGAGCCGGGAACAUGCCCAGCAACCGGACGGACAUCUUGGAGGAGAUCCAGAAGGCGUCGGCGCGGGGGGUCAUCGUCCUGAACGUGACGCAGUGUCCGAAGGGGGGCGUGGACGCGUACUAUGCGACGGGGAAGGUGCUGCUGGACGCGGGGGUCAUCCCCGGCGCGGAUCUCACGGCCGAGUCGGCCCUCGCCAAGCUCUCUUACGUCCUGUCGAAGGAGGAGUGGGACCACGCCACCAAGAAGAAGAAGCUGCAGCAGAACCUCCGCGGCGAGCUGACGCUGUUCGACCAGGACCAGAAGCCGCACGAGCAGGCGGACCUGCUGGCGGCGCUGGGGAAGGCGCUGCACGUGUCGUCGUCCAAGGAGCUGGAUCAGGUGAAGGAGUUUCUCUUCCCGUGCGUGCUGUGCGCCGCGGCCAAGACGGGGGACAUCUCCAAGAUCAAGAAUCUCAUCAAGCACGGUGCGGACGUGUCCUCCAUGGACUACGACAGUCGGACGGCGCUCCACAUCGCCUGCAGCGAGGGGAACACGAAAGUGGCCCGGUAUCUCUUAUCCAAGGGGGCGAGCGUCCACGUCAGGGACAGGAACGACCGGACGCCGCUCAUGGAUGCGAUCAAGUACGGGCACGUGGAGUGCGUGCAGGUCCUGGUGCAGUGCGGGGCGUGCCUGAAUCCGAACAACGCGGAUCUGGCAACCCUGGUGUCGAGGGCGGUGGCGGAUGAGAACAUGAAGGUGUUGGAGGCCUUCAAGUUGGCCGGGGCGGACUUCAACGUUCACGAUCCCGGGAAGAGGACGCCGCUCCACUUGGCGGUGUUCCUGGGGAAGAAAGAGGUGGUGCAGUUCCUGUUGGCGGCUGGAGCGUCCACGGCCACGCUCGACGAUCUCAACAUGACGCCCGUCCAGAUCGCGAAGCGACACGAGAGGCGAGACCUGGUGGAGCUGCUGAGCCACUUCGACUUCAAGACGGAGCUGCCCCGGCUGGAGGCGGUGGCCGCGGGGGCGGCGGAGCACUGAGUCGAGAUGGGUGAUUCGCGGGAGUUUUCUUCACAGGCGAAGGGCAAAGGGCAAGAUCGUGGACACUCGAGUGUCCCAAAAGGGUCAAACCGGCCGGUUUAGAUGCUUGAACGAAGACGAAACCGGAAUCUCGAUAGUGCUGCGUCGUCUUGGUUUCAUUUUUUUACCACGGUGGAGUGGCUGUUAGUAGCUGUUAAUGUUUUAACUCUGGAGAGGUCUUCCUUCUUAUUCCCUGUGAUGACCAGUUUAGGAAAAUAAAG